UUUGCAUUGAGAUGAGAAAAACAAAAUGAACUGGAAACAAGGGCAACUCAGUCAUUCCACAAGUGACAAACUGAUAACAAGAAGAAAUUGAUUUUGACCCAUCACCUUUUAUAUAAUUCGUCCCCGCCUGUCUGACACUUCUUUUUACUCAUUCUGCUUCGUCACUUUUGCUUUCCCUCAUUUUUUUUUUCUUCCAUUAAUCUUCAACAAUGAAGCUUCAUGGAGGAAUACUUACCAUUCUUCUCAGUCUUCUCUUUAUAGCAGAAUUCAUCUGCAUUUCCGAGUCAACUCAGCCUCCAUUCUCAUGCGACACAUCCAACCCACAAUCCCAUUCCUUCAAAUUCUGCCAAACCAAUCUCCCAAUCCCACUCCGAGCCCGUGACCUCGUUUCCCGCCUCACCAUCGACGAGAAAAUCUCCCAGCUGGUUAACACCGCGCCCGGAAUCCCCAGGCUCAGUAUUCCGGCAUAUCAAUGGUGGUCGGAAGCUUUACACGGCGUCGCCGACGCCGGACCGGGCAUCACUUUUCAAGGCGGCGCCAUUCACUCUGCCACCAGCUUCCCUCAAGUCAUCCUCACCGCUGCUUCCUUUGAUCAGAAACUCUGGUAUCGCAUUGCUCAGGUGAUUGGAACAGAGGCAAGAGCAGUGUACAAUGGAGGACAAGCCAAAGGGAUGACAUUUUGGGCACCAAAUAUAAACAUUUUCAGGGACCCAAGAUGGGGAAGAGGGCAGGAAACACCAGGAGAAGAUCCAUUGGUAACUGGGAAAUACGCUGUUGCCUACGUUCGAGGAGUUCAAGGUGAUAGUUUCCAAGGUGGGAUGCUUACACACGGACAACUCAAAGCUUCUGCUUGUUGCAAGCAUUUCACUGCCUAUGAUCUUGAUAAUUGGAAAGGAACUGAUCGUUUUAGCUUCAAUGCCCAAGUGACAAAGCAAGAUUUGGCGGAUACGUAUCAACCGCCAUUUAGAAGCUGCAUUCAAGAAGGCCGAGCAAGUGGAAUUAUGUGUGCUUAUAACCGGGUGAACGGAGUUCCAAACUGUGCCGACCGGAAUCUCUUGACGGGAACUGCCCGUCAACAAUGGGGAUUUCACGGGUACAUCACGUCGGAUUGUGAUGCAGUGGCCAUUAUUCGGGAUAAUCACAAAUACGUAAAAACACCAGAAGAGGCGGUGGCUGAUGUGCUCAAAGCAGGAAUGGAUGUUGAUUGUGGAUCCUAUUUGGCUAACUAUACAAAAUCAGCUCUUCAGCAGAAGAAGAUUACAGAAACUGAGAUAGAUAGAGCCCUUCACAACCUCUUCUCUGUUAGAAUGAGAUUGGGAUUGUUCAAUGGAAAUCCAAACAAAUUGUUGUAUGGAAACAUUGGUUCAAACCAGGUGUGCACUAAGGAGCACCAGGACUUGGCCCUUGAAGCUGCAAGAAAUGGCAUUGUGUUACUCAAGAACUCUGCUCGGCUUCUACCCCUUUCGAAGAAAACUUCCUCCCUAGCUCUAAUAGGGCCUAAUGGGAACAAUGCAAAUGUGAUGCUUGGGAACUAUAAUGGUCCUCCUUGCAUCUCUGUUGAAGUGCUUAAAGCACUGAAAAGCUAUGUGCAAAACACAGUGUUUCAUCAAGGUUGCAAUGCUGUCAAUUGUACCUAUGCCGCAAUCAAUGAUGCUGUGAACACUGCGAAGGGAGCGGAUUAUGUUGUGUUAGCCAUGGGAUUGGAUCAGGGUGAAGAAAGAGAGUAUCUUGAUCGCGUCACUUUAACGCUUCCAGGCCAACAAGAGAGCCUGAUCACAGCUGUGGCUAAUGCUGCCAAGAAGCCUGUGAUAUUAGUCCUGUUUGGUGGAGGUCCAGUGGAUAUUUCCUUUGCAAAGUACAAUCCUAAAAUCGGAAGCAUUUUGUGGGUUGGUUAUCCUGGCCAAGCUGGAGGAAUUGCACUUGCUGAAAUCUUAUUUGGUGACCACAAUCCAGGAGGAAGAUUGCCAAUUACUUGGUAUCCUAAAGAUUUCAUCAAAGUACCAAUGACAGACAUGAGAAUGAGGGCUGAUCCAUCCUCCGGAUAUCCUGGCCGAACAUACAGAUUCUACAAUGGCAAAAAAGUAUUCCCAUUCGGAUACGGGUUAAGCUAUUCAACCUAUUCAUACAGCUUUGUGCAUGUUUCUCAGAGUUCAAUCUACAUGAGGAACUUGACAGCCACUCAAUCAGCCGAGACCUCAUACGGGGUUCGGUAUCUCUCAGUGUCUGAUAUUAGCACAGAAUCAUGCGAGAAUGCUAAGUUCUCUGCAGUGGUAGGAGUUGAAAAUUCAGGGGAAAUGGCUGGAAAGCAUCCAGUGCUACUGUUUAUGAGGCAGGAAAAACUCAACAGUGACACUCCAGCAAAACAGUUGGUUGCAUUUGAAAGUAUAAGCUUGGAAGCUGGAAGUAAAGCUGAAAUUGAGUUUACAGUCAGCCCUUGUGACCACCUUAGCAAUGCCAAUGAAGAGGGGUUGAUGGUGAUAGAAGAAGGAUCUAGGUUCUUGAUUGUAGGAGACAAAGAGUACCCUUUUAACAUUGUUGUAUAAACAACUUUGUACCAGCAGUGGAAUCACCCAUCCUGCACUGUGCCCUUUAUAAUAAUUUGAUGAUCCUGACAUUUAAAUGUAACAACUGUUAUUAUGAGACAGUAUUAAAAAAAAAAAAAAUAGAAGCUGAAAUUUUGCUUUCUGUAUCAACAAAGAUCCAGAAGACAAAAAUCUGUAUUGAAUCUACAGGGAAAUUACUUGCUUCAUUUCCAGCCAAACUCUAGCAAUGACAUUUAGAAAUCAAUAAAUUUUUAUUCUCUGAUGAUAAUUUUUUUUUUUUUUUU